AUGGAGGGAGGAGAGGGGAGGAGACAGAGAUUGGAGGGAGGAGAGGGGAGGAGACAGAGGAUGGAGGGAGGAGAGAGGAGGAGACAGAGGAUGGAGGGAGGAGAGGGGAGGAGACAGAGGAUGGAGGGAGGAGAGGGGAGGAGACAGAGGAUGGAGGGAGGAGAGGGGAGGAGACAGAGGAUGGAGGGAGGAGAGGGGAGGAGACAGAGGGUGAGAGGAGGUGGUGGACGGGUGUGCUUGUGGCUGUUCCUAGCGUGUGUGUCGCUGGGGGAUGACCUGGGCUGGGUGACCCCUGGAGUUCAUGUUGGGGUCAAGGCUCAGGCCAAUGAAAGGAGAGUCCUGGCUCACAUUCCUGGUGACAUCAUCAUAGGAGCGCUGUUCUCUGUUCACCACCAACCUCCUGCAGAUAAGGUACACUGUGUGUGUUGGAGUCUGUGUGUGUGUGUGACGGUGUGUGUGUGUGAUGGUGUGUGUGUGUGAUGGUGUGUGUGUGUGAGACGGUGUGUGUAUGGGAUGGUGUGUGUCUGUGUGUGUGUGUGUGUGACGGUGUGUGUAUGUGAUGGUGUGUGUGUGUGAUGGUGUGUGUGUGUGUGUGAUGGUGUGUGUGUGUGUGUGUGAUGGUGUGUGUGUGUGAUGGUGUGUGUGUGUGUGUGACGGUGUGUGUGUGUGAUGGUGUGUGUGUAACGGUGUAAGUAAGGAACGGUGAGAGAGUUGUAUGGUAUCCAACAUGUGUGUGUUGGAUUGUGUAUGUGUGUGACGGUGUGUCGUGUGUGUGUCUGUGUGUAUGUGUGUGUCUGACGGACUGUGUGUGUGACUUAGUGUGUGUGUGUGUGUGUAUGUAUUCCAUAGGUCCAUGAGCGUAAGUGUGGAGAGGUCAGAGAGCAGUAUGGUAUCCAACGUGUGGAGGCUAUGAUGCACACUCUGGACCUGAUCAACUCUGACCCUCACCUACUCCCCAACAUCACCCUGGGCUGUGAGAUCAGGUACGGACUCUUUGGGUAGGGGUGUGUGUGUGUGUGCGUGUGUGUGUGUGUGUGUGUGUGUGUGUGUGUUAGAUUCAGCUGCAUAAUGGUUGUACUCCACAGGGACUCAUGCUGACAAUAUCACUAACCUUGUGUGUGUGUGUGUGUGUGUGUGUGUCUCUGUGUGUGUGUGUGUGUGUGUGUGUGUGUGUGUGUGUGUGUGUCUGUUUGUGUCUGUGUGUGUGUGUGUGUGUGUGUGUGUGUGUGUGUGUGUGUGUGUGUGUGUGUGUGUGUGUGUGUGUGUGUGUGUGUGUGUCUGUCUGUCUGUCUGUCUGUGUGUGUGUGUGUGUGUGUGUGUGUGUGUGUGUGUGGUCUGUGUGUGUGUGUGUGUGUGUGUCUGUGUGUGUGUGGUGUGUGUCUGUGUGUGUGUGUGUGUGUGUGUCUGUGUGUGUGUGUGUGUGUCUGUCUGUGUGUGUGUGUUUGUGUCUGUGUGUGUGUGCCGGCCUCUGUGUGUAUCCCCCCUUACAGGGACUCUUGCUGGCACAGUGCAGUGGCUUUAGAACAGAGCAUAGAGUUUAUCAGAGACACACUGGUCUCCAACGAGGAGGAGGAGAGUCUGAGCCUGGGGAAAUGUCUGGGGGAAGAUGGAAUAGAGGUGACCCCUGUCAGGGGGAAGAAACCCAUUGUAGGACUGAUAGGGCCAGGGUCCAGCUCUGUGGCCAUCCAGGUGCAGAACCUGCUACAGCUGUUCAACAUACCACAGAUCGCCUACUCUGCUACCAGCAUGGACCUCAGCGACAAGGUAGGGCAGAGAUAUACUUUACACUCACACUCUCCUAUAGUCUGUAUCAGUACUUUAUGAGUACUGUGUUUCUGUUCUAGAAUCUGUUUCAGUACUUUAUGAGUACUGUGUUUCUGUUCUAGAGUCUGUUUCAGUACUUUAUGAGUACUGUGUUUCUGUUCUAGAGUCUGUUUCAGUACUUUAUAAGUACUGUGCUAUAGAAUCUGUUUCAUUAAUUUAUGAGUACUGUGUUUCUGUUUUAGAGUCUGUAUCAGUACUUUAUGAGUACUGUGUUUCUGUUGUAGAGUAUGUAUCAGUAGUUUAUGAGUACUGUGUUUAUGUUCUAGAGUCUGUAUCAGUACUUUAUGAGUACUGUGUUUCUGUUCUAGGGUCUGUUUCAGUACUUUGUGAGUAUUGUUUCUCUUUUAGUCUAUCAGUACUUUAUGAGUAUUGUGUUUCUGUUCUAGAGUCUCUCUCAUUACUAUGGAGUCUGUUUCAGUAAUUUAUGAGUACUGUGUUUCUGUUCUAGUCUGUAUCAGUACUUUAUGAGUGUUGUUCCUCUUAAUACUCUAUCAGUACUUUAGGAGGACUGUGUUUCUAUUCAAAAGUCUAUCAGUACUUUAUGAGUACUAUGUUUCUGUUCUAGAUGUCUGUAUCAGUACUUUAUGAGUAUUGUGUUUCUAUUCUAGAGUCUGUAUCAGUGCUUUAUGAGUACCGUUUCUCUAUUCUAGAGUCUGUAUCGAAAUGUUAUGAGUACUGCGUUCUAGAGUCUGUAUCAGUACUUUAUGAAUACUGGUUUCUAGAGUCCUUCAGUACUUUAGGAGUACUUUGUUCUAGAGUCUAUAUCAGUACUUUAUGAGUAUUGUGUUUUUAUUCUAGAUUCUGUAUCAGUACUUUAUGAGUACGUUGUUUCUGUUAUAGAGAUUGUAAGAGUACUUGAUGAGUAUUGUGUUAUAGGGUCUGUAUCAGUACUUUAUGAGCAUUGCAUUUCUAUUCUAGAGUCUGAAUCAGUACUUUAUAAGCACUGUGGUCUAGAGUCUGUCAGUACUUUAUGAGUACUGUGUUCUAGAGUCUGUAUCAGAAUGUUAUGAGUACUGUGUUUCUGUUAUAUAGUCUUUAUCAGUACUUUAUGAGUAUUGUUUAUGUUAUAGUCUGUGUCAGUACUUAAUAAGUACUGGAUUAUAUAGUCUGUAUUAGUACUUUAGGAGUACUAUGUUUCUGUUCUAGAAUAUGUAUCAGUACUUUAUGAGCACUCUGGUCUACUGUGUUCUAGAGUCUGUAUCAGAAUGUUAUGAGUACUGUGUUCUAGAGUCUGUAUCAGUACUUUUUGAGCACUGCACAGCUUAUUCUCCCGUGUUGAAUCAACACUGACAGUGUUAAAUAUAACACUGGUCUGGUGUGUAUAUGAGGCCACACUUCUCAGUGUUAAAUUAACACUGUGCUUAGUGCUUACGCAGUUACACUCUGAAUUUUAGGUACUGAACACUUUGUGUUAACUCUCACUCUUCAAAGUGAAUUUAACUUCUGAAUCAACACUAGAAAUGUUAUACUGAAAAAUCAACAGUAGGUAACACUGGCCAAUUGCUGUGUGUGUGUUUCUUUUCUAGAGUCUGUAUAAGUACUUUAUGAGGGUGGUGCCGUCAGAUGCUCAGCAGGCCAGGGCCAUGGUGGACAUCGUCAAGAGAUACAACUGGAGCUACGUCUCCGCUAUACACACAGAGGGUAAGCUCUCCCUCCCCCUGAAUACAAAAAGUGUUCUGUUUAGGGCAAAAACCAAACACAUUACUCCAUUGAGUACCACUCUUCAUAUUUUCAAGCAUGGUGGUGGCUGCAUCAUGUGGGUAUGCUUGUCAUUGGAAGGACUAUGGAUUUUUAUUUUAUUUUUUAUUUUAUUUUUAUGGCAUAGAGCGAAAUCCUAGAGGAAACCUGGUUCAGUCUUCUUUCCAGCAGACACUGAGAGACAAAUUCACCUUUCAGUAAGACAAAAAAACUGAAACACAAGGUCAAAUACUGUAUACGCUGGAGUUGCUUACCAAGUACUUGACAGAGCUUGAAUAAUUUUUUUAAUAAUAAUGUGCAAAUAUUGGACAAUCCAGGUGUGCAACCUCUUAGAGACGCUCAGCUGUAAUCGCUGCCAAAAGAGAUUUGAACUUGUAUUGACUCAAUGGUGUAAAUACGCUAUAUAUACAAAAGUAUGUGGACACCCCUUCAAAUAAGUGGAUUAGUCUAUUUCAGCCACACCCGUUGCUGACAGGUGUAUAAAAUCGAGCACACAGCCAUGCAAUCUCCACAGACAAACACUGGCAGUAGAAUGACCUGACUGAAGAGCUCAGUGACUUUCAACGUGGCACCGUCAUAGGAUGCCACCUUUCCACCAAGUCAGUUCAUCAAAUGUCUGCCCUGCUAGAGCUGCCCCGGUCAACUGUAAGUGCUGUUAUUGUGAAGUGGAAAUGUUUAGGAGCAACAACGGCUCAGCAGCGAAGUGGUAGGCCACACAAGCUCACAGAACGGGACCGCCGAAUGCUGAAGCACGUAAAGGUCGUCUGUCCUCGGUUGCAGCACUCACUACCGAGUUGCAAACUGCCUCUGGAAGCAACGUCAGCACAAUAUGGGUUUCCAUGGCAGCCACACACAAGACUAAGAUCACCAUGCGCAAUGCCAAGCGUCGGCUGGAGUGGUGUAAAGCUUGCCGCCAAGAUCUGGAGUGAUGAAUCACGCUUCACCAUCUGGCAGUCCGACGGACUAAUCUGGGUUUGGCGGAUGCCAGGAGAACGCUACCUGCCCCAAAUGCAUAAAGCCAACUGUAAAGUUUGGUGGAGGAGGAAUAAUGGUCUGGGGCUGUUUUUCAUGGUUCGGGCUAGGCCCCUUAGUUCCAGUGAAGGGAAAUCUUAAUGCUACAGCAUUCAAUGACAUUCUAGACGAUUCUGUGCUUCCAACUUUGUGGCAACAGAAGAGAAGGCCCUUGGCCUUUCCUGUUUCAGCAUUACAAUGCCCCCGUGCACAAAGCGAGAUCCAUAUAGAACUGGUUUGUUGAGAUCGGUGUGGAAGAACUUGACUGGCCUGCACAGAGGCUGGUAUAGCAGCAAAGGGGGGACCAACUCCAUAUUAAUGCCCAUGAAUUUGGAAUGAGAUGUUCGACAAGCAGGUGUCCACAUACCUUCGGUCGUAAUGUAGUGUAGAUAUACAUGCAGUGCAUUCAGAAAGUAUUCAGACCCCUUGACUUUUUCCACAUUUUGUUACAUUACAGCCUUAUUCUAUGAGGGAUAAAAUAUAUAUAUUUUUUCAGCAAUCUGCACACAAUACCCAUAAUGACAAAGCGAAAACAGUGAUGUGAUAUUUCAGUUUUUAUUUCUAAUAAAUUUGCAAACAUUUCUGAAAACCUGUUUUUGCUUUGGGGUAUUGUGUGUAGAUUCCAAUCCACCUGAUUGGAGUCCACCUGUGAUACAUUAAAUUGAUUGGACAUGAUUUGGAAAGGCACACACCUGUCUAUAUAGGGUCCCACAGUUGACAGUGCAUGUCAGAGCAAAAACCAAGCCAUGAGGUCGAAGGAAUUAUCCAUAGAGCUCCGAGACAGGAUUGUGUCGAAGCACAGAUCUGGGGAAUGGUACCAAAACAUUUCGGCAGCAUUGAAGUCCCCAAGAACUAAGUUCUUAAAUAGAAGAAGUUUGGAACCACCAAGACUCUUCCUAGAGCUGGCCGCCCUGCCAAACUGAGCAAUCGGGGGAGAAGGGCCUUGGUCAGGGAGGUGACCAAGAACCCGAUGGUCACUCUAACAGCACUCCAGAGUUCCUCUGUGGAGAUGGGAGAACCUUCCAGAAGGACAACCAUCUCUGCAGCACUCCACCAAUCAGGCCUUUAUGGUAGAGUGGCCAGACGGAAGCCACUCCUCAGUAAAAGGCACAUGACAGCCCGCUUGGAGUUUGCCAAAAGGCACCUAAAGACUCUCAGACCAUGAGAAACAAGAUUCUCUGGUCUGAUAAAACCAAGAUUGAACUCUUUGGCCUGAAUGCCAAGUGUCACGUCUGGAGGAAACCUGGCACCAUCCCUACGUUGAAGCAUGGUGGUGGCAGCAUCAUGCUGUGGGGAUGUUUUUCAACGACAGGGACUGGGAGACUAGUCAGGAUCGAGGCAAAGAUGAUCGGAGCAAAGUACGGAAAGAUCCUUGAUGAAAACCUGCUCCAGAGCGCUCAGGACCUCAGACUGGGGUGAAGGUUCACUUUCAGUACUGUCCAAAAGGACAACGACCCUAAGCACACAGCCAAGACAACGCAGGAGUAGCUUUGGGACAAGUCUCUGAAUGUCCUUGAGUGGCCCAGCCAGAGCCUGGACUUGAACCUGAUCUAACAUCUCUGGAGAGACCUGUGCAGCAACGCUUCCCAUCCAACCUGACAGAGCUUGAGAGGGUCUGUUAUUUAUAUUGUACUGUUAUGUUAUUUGCCACAUGAGCCGAAUACAACAAGUGUCACCUUACAGUGAAAUGAUUACUUACAAGCCCUUAACCAACAAUGGAGUUUGAAGAAGUGUAAAAAAUAGAUAAGUAAAACAUUUAAAUUAAAAUGAAUUAAAGAGCAGCAGUAAAAUAAAAUAACAGUAGGGAGGCUGUAUACAGGGGGUACCGGUACAGAGUCAAUGUGCGGGGGCACCGGCUAGUUGAGGUAAUUGAGGUAAUAUGUACAUGUGGGUAGAGUUAAAGUGACUAUGCAUAGAUAAUAAACAGAGUAGCAGCAGCAAUGCAAAUAGUCUGGGUAGCCAUGAUUAGCUGUUCAGGAGUCUUAUGGCUUGGGGGUAGAAGCUGUUAAGAAGCCUUUUGGACCUAGACUUGGCUCUCCGGUACCGCUUGCCGUGCGGCAGCAGAGAGAACAGUCUAUGACUUGGGUGAUUGGAGUCUUUGUCCAUUUUUAGGUCCUUCCUCUGACACCAUCUAGUAUAUACAGUAGGUCCUGGAUGGCAGGAACCUGACAUAGCUUGAGAGGAUCUGCAGAGAAGAAUGGGAGAAACUCCCCAAAUACAGGUGUGCCAAGCUUGUUGCGUCAUACUCAAGAAGACUUGAGGAUGCAAUCGCUGCCAAAGGUGCUUCAACAAAGUACUGAGUAAAGGUCUGAAUACUUAUGUAAAUGUGAUAUUUCUGUUUUUUUUUUCGAAUAAAUUUGCUAAAAUUUCUGAAAACCUGUUUUUUGCUUUGUCAUUAUGGGGUAUUGUGUGUAGAUUGAUGAGGGGAAAAAACAAUUUAAUCAAUUUGAAGAAUAAGGCUGUAACGUAACAAAAUGUGGAAAAAGUCACGAGGUCUGAAUACUUUCCGAAGGCACUGUAGGUGUGUUUAGUCAUGUUAAACUGUGUGAAGACUAGAUUUCCUGAGUAUUUAGCCAUGUUAAACUGUGUGAAGACUCUAGAUAUCCUGUGUAUUUAGUCAUGUUAAACUGUGUGAAGACUAGAUAUCCUGUGUAUUUAGUCAUGUUAAACUGUGUGAAGACUAGAUAUCCUGUGUAUUUAGUCAUGUUAAACUGUGUGAAGACUAGAUAUCCUGUGUAUUUAGCCAUGUUAAACUGUGUGAAGACUAGAUAUCCUGUGUAUUUAGUCAUGUUAAACUGUGUGAAGACUAGAUAUCCUGUGUAUUUAGUCAUGUUAAACUGUGUGAAGACUAGAUAUCCUGUGUAUUUAGUCAUGUUAAACUGUGUGAAGACUAGAUAUCCUGUGUAUUUAGUCCUGUGUAUUUAGAUAUCUGUAAAGUUUAGCUGUAUGCUUUUAAGCUCUUACUAC